AUUCAAGCUUCAAGCGUGUUAUAAGGCGCGGAGCCUGAGAGCGAUUCAUUCCAGAGGUGCGCACCGCCUUCAUGGCCGCCGCCGGAGCCCGCCUCCUGCUCUUCCGCGCCGGCCUGCUGGUCGUGGCCGUCGCCGCCGCCGCCGCCGCUGACCUCGGGUCCGGGGAUGGCGGGGAUGGCGGGGAUGGCUGGGAUGCCGGUGCGCACCCAGGGAACCGCGACCGCCCGGAGCUGCCCGCCGAUACCGCGGAUCACCGCAUGAGGCGUGCUACCACCGGCCUGCCGGAGUCCACCACCGAGAGAACACCCAGCCAGGACCCCUGGGAGACCUGGAAAGCCUUCCUCAGGCACAACAUGGAGAACGCUAAGGCCAGGAAGAACAGAGGCAAAGGCAGGAAGUUGGAGCCAUGCCCCCGAACCUUUGUCCUCCUGAAUGACUCAAGGCCCAUCAACUCAUCAGAACUGGUGAAGGAGUUCCGGCGGCUGCUAGAAGAAUUGGUGCCACUGCGAGAGCGCUUGGAGCUGGGUCUUGCCCCAGAGGAGGCAGCAGGGGACAGGGACAGGGUGCCCUCGCUGACAGAGGCCCUGGCCAUGAGCCCACCGCUGGUGGGGGAUGCCUUCCACUGCCGCCUGCGCCAGAAAUUGUUGGUGGAGCGGCGCACGCUUCACGAACUUGGUGGCUACUACCUGGUGAGUCCUAGCCUGGAGGGGCCCAGGAGAGGGUGUGUGGUGGGCCCAGGUGACCCUGUCUGCGCUCCACAGCCCGAAUCCGAGGGCGCCUUCUAUCGUGGCCUGGGCCUGAACCUGACCAGCGGCCAGUACACAGCGCCAGUAGGGGGCUUCUAUGCUCUUGCGGCCACGCUGCACGUGGCCCUCCCUCAGCAGAGGAAGCCAGAGCAGCAGCGCCCUCGGGACCGCCUGCGCCUGCUCAUCUGCAUCGAGUCCCAGUGCCAGAACCACACCUCCCUGGAGGCUGUCAUAGGUCUGCAGAGCAGCGGUGAGCUCUUCACCAUCUCCGUGAACGGUGUUCUGUAUCUGCAGCUAGGGCAGUAUACCUCCGUCUUCCUGGACAACGCUAGCGGCUCCCUCGUCACUGUGCAAGACGGCUCCCAGUUCAGCGCUCUCCUCCUUGGCAUCUAAGCAGUAUCGAGCUGGGUCCCAACAAUCUCUGGGUAGUGUUGGAGUGACAGAGGCCACAUGCAGGAGAGAGCCCAUUCAACUGCACACAGUGGCCCCUGCAGUUCAGCUCAGAGAUGGCCACUCCAGGCAGCCUGGGGAGGUGACAAGCAAACCUGCUGUCCCAGAACCAGAAAGGACUUUAAGAUCCCGCUUCACCAGAGUUCAGCGGACUCAGGCCUGGGCCCCUCGCUGCUGGCCUAUUGGCUUGUCUAAAAUCUCAGUUCCACCGGCCUGCAUGGUUCAGUGGUUAGGUAUCAACCUAUGAACCAGGAGGUCACGGUUUCAUUCCUGGUCUGGGCACAUGCCCAGGUGCAGGCUCGAUUCCCAGUGUGGGGCAUGCAGGAGCCAGCCAAUCAAUUAUUCUUUCUCAUCACUAAUAUUUCUUUC